AUGUCGGUAGACACAAUAUUUUUAGAUAAGUCAAAGACAAACGGUUCUUUCACGCACUACGAUGUGCAUUUGGUGCCUUGCAAAAUCAAGGUUACAGAAUCUACUAAAGAAUUAGAUAGUGGAUUUGACCAGGAUCUGGAAGAAUCCAACUCCAACGAGGCCAAGGUUGUUCGGUACAUUAGGGGUCGGAAGGUGGUAGGUUGUUUAGCACCAUUCCAACAAGAUUCUACCAUUCUAGCCGUGAGUUCCCUGUUAAGCCACGAUGGCCAAAAAGAGUUUGAGCAAAUAGCAUAUGUCGACCACAUUUACAAUUAUGAGCGCGAGGGGAACGAGCCCCGAUUACGUGAAGAAAUGGAGAAGUUUGCGGAAUACAUUAAUUUGGCCGAAUUGAUACAUGGAUGA